CGUACAGUACACACACUGGACUCAGAGAGGUUUGUUUACUUCAGCGGGAGCAGAAAGAUGAAAUUGAUCCAUGACUCCGCCCCUUGUCUCCUCCACCUGCUGCUGCUGGCUGAGCUGUUUGUCCAUUCGUCGUCUCGUCCCGCCAGCAGUCCGUCGCUCUGCGGCAUGUUUGGAGCCAUGAUGCCUCAGGUGGAGAGGCUGAUGAGCUUGUCCGAAAGGCUCCAUGACUUGACAGACGACGAGCUCUUAAACUUUGCAGGAGUGGAACACGGACUCAGCAGUCUUCCUCAUAUACAACACGACGCUGGAUAUUUCAGCUCUCUGAAGGUGAACGAGUCCCUCUCUCAGCUGUAUGUGUACACUCAGUCCUUCAGACUUCACGUUGACUGGUUGAAAACAGCCAAAGAAGACGUCGGUUUGUCCUGGUCAGCCGAGGCCGUCUGCACUCGCCUCCCGCAGCUUUCCAACCUCGUUAAUGCGUCUCUUCACCAGAUCAGCCAGGAGGUUCCUCCGUCGCCGUCUCCCUCCUUCCCCGUCGUCUCCACCACCUUCGAUGUGCUCCGGGCCUCCGUCGAGAUCUCCGAACAGCUUCAAGCCUUUUGUGAUUGGUCCAAGCGGCUGUUACGGCAUCUCCAGAGACAAUCCCGCUGCCCGAGGCAUUAA